AUGUCAGUUGCAAAGACAGAGGCUUUCCGUGGGGUGGGUGUUGAAGCCCAUGCGAAAGCAUUGCACGGCCCCUCUGUGCCGACAGCGACGACGCUUGUGAGCGCCGUGUCCCUUCCUGGAGGCGCUGUCGUGAAGAGGGACUACGAGGUGCUCGUGCUCCCCAUAUUUCCUCGGAGAGAGCGGCAAAGUGAAACCCCAGGGCAUUCGGCGGCGUCUCUCGCCGUGUUCGUCGUCGGCGCCAGCAACUCGGCGGCUACAGCCUCCGCCCCCGCCGUCCUCGUCGGCACCAACUCGGCGGCUACGACCUCCGCCCCCACCGUCUUCGUCGGCGCCAGCAACUCGGCGACUACAGCUUCCGCCCCCACCGUCUUCGGCGGCUCCAGCCUCCGCCCCCACCGUCUUCGUCGACACCAACUCGGCGGCUACAGCCUCCGCCCCACCGUCUUCGUCGGCACCAACCUCUCCGGGCACCGUUGUCGUCGUCGCCUUCAGAAGAUGCAGGAAAUACGAGACAUGGAGCUUUUGUUAAGUGCAUCGACUCUGUUUGCUGGAGGCACAGCUUCACGGUCCCUUGAUGUCUCGAAGGCCAUUCUCCCCAUUAGCGCGUCUCACAUGGCACGCAUGGCGAACGAGCUAGGGAAUGCUGGGGACAACAAGGGCGUGAGCAGCGUAGAAUUGCUCAAUGCAGCUGAAGAGCUCACACAGGCAGAUGGCACUAGAAGAGCUGAGGCUGUCUCUGGUCUGAUCCAAGCUUGUGUCGCGUUUGCACAUGAUGCAGUUAACGAGGGACAUGACGAUCUCAUGCACAGUGCGAUUGACUUGGCACUUGCUGGACGAUGUUUCUUGCGAGUGGCAGCAUUCGGAAGCACAGAGGGUCCAACAGCCGGCCAGCCCAACCCCCCUGUGCAGCAGAUAACAGGAGUUGGACAUGCUGCCUGGUGGGCCAGGAAAACAAAAGUAGGUGACUUAGAGGAAUAUUUGCUGCAGAAAACUUCCCCAGCCAGCAGUACAUCAGUAGCUGCUGCUUCUUCUUCUUCUUCUUCAAAGCAGAGUAAGGGAAGCAAGUCAGAUAACUGGGCAGGGAUUCAUUUGUUCUGCUUGGGUGGAUCACUUUCACUGCUCCCCUAUCUCGGAAAGGAUGGUUUGUUGACAGAUAAGGAGUUCUCAGAUGACUACAGAUGGGGGGUUAGCUUUUUGUUGAUGCUGUGGUGGUGUCUGGUGUCGUUUGGUGUCACCUGUAGCUUGUUUGGACGUUCUUCCUUGGAGUUGCAGUAUGCCCGUUUCUCCAGUUACCUCGGAAUGUUUGGUAUCAGCGCUCUUGUGAUGAUGUUUUUACAUUGGGCGCUUGCAGUCGAUUCCAUGAGAUUAUUCUAUUAUGUUUUGGCUGGCGCUGCAGUGAUCUUUCUCGCCCAUUUGAUCUGGUGCUGCUGUCGAAGAGACAAGUGAUAUUGCUUUGGGGACAGAAUCAAAGUUUUCGAGGAGCUAAAUGCACAUAUUUUACAGGAGCGUAGUGUACAUAUUGUCGGAGGAGCUGUUUGUCAAGUGAACUUGUCGUUCAUCCUGUGCUCAGGCGUGUCAGAGUGAUAGAUGCGAGUAUUGCCCCUGUUCAUACAUGUUUAGAGGUGGGAUUAUAAUAGUGCGAUACAUAUUGCCAUUGGAUGCAUUCGUUCAAUCCUGUCAAUUUUUUGCUGCUGAUUGAUACCUACACUGCACUCUUUCGACUGGAUCGAUAUUUGGAGUUUUUUCCUCAA